AUGGCUGCAGAUAACGUCUCUGUGACAGAGUUUAUCCUGGCAGGCUUAACAGAUGAGCCGGAACUCCAGAUGCCCCUCUUCUUCCUGUUCCUAGGUUUUUAUGUGGUCACCGUGGUGGGGAACCUGGGCCUCAUAACCCUGAUUGGGCUGAAUUCUCACCUUCAUAUUCCCAUGUACUUCUUCCUCCUCAACUUGUCCUUCAUAGAUUUUAGUUUCUCUACUGCCAUCAUCCCCAAAAUGCUAAUGAGUUUUGUCUCCAAGAAAAACAUCAUUUCCUAUGUGGGGUGUAUGACUCAGCUCUUUUUCUUUUGUUUUUUUGUCUUUUCUGAAUCCUAUAUCUUGUCAGCAAUGGCAUAUGACCGCUAUGUCGCCAUCUGUAAACCACUGCUGUACAUGGUCACCAUGUCUCCUCAGGUGUGUUUACUCCUUUUGUUGGGUGUUUAUGGGAUGGGGGUGUUUGGGGCUGUGGCCCAUACAGGAAAUAUAUUAUUUCUGACCUUUUGUGCUGACAACCUUGUCAAUCACUAUAUGUGUGAUAUCAUUCCCCUCCUUGAGCUCUCCUGCAACAGCUCUUACAUAAAUUUGCUGGUGGUCUUCAUUGUUGUGACCAUUGGCAUUGGGGUGCCUAUUGCUGCCAUUUUCAUCUCUUAUGGUUUCAUUAUUUCCAACAUUUUCCAUAUUAGCUCCACUGAAGGAAGGUCCAAAGCCUUUAGUACCUGCAGCUCUCACAUAAUUGCUGUUUCUCUCUUCUUUGGAUCAGGAGCUUUUAUGUACCUCAAACCACCUUCUAUUUUACCCCUUGACCAGGGGAAAAUGUCUUCCUUGUUCUACACCAUUCUUGUGCCAAUGUUCAACCCAUUAAUCUAUAGUCUAAGGAAUAAGGAUGUCGAAUUUGCCCUGAGGAAAACCUUGGGCAGAAUAACCUUCUCUUGAAAAAAAUAUUAGACAUUGAGAUAAGAGAUCCAAGGAUUUUUGUAUGUGUUUUUAUAAUUAUUACUUAUUGUUAUUAUUACUUUUCAAUGAGGAAUCUAAGCUCCAGUGUUUUCUUUUUAUGCUAUAUGGCAGAGGAAAUUUUAACUUUCUUAAAUGGAUUUGUUCUCCCUUACUCAAAUCCUCCAAUUCUUCCUUCUUUAUUUUAUGAAAAAUAAUUGCUACAAUUACAGAAUAUUCAACAUUGAAUGGGGGCUUAGGGAUCAUUUGAUCUAGUGCCCUUAUUUUUUUUAAAAGAUUUUAUUUAUUUAUUCAUGAGAGACACAGAGAGAUACAGAGACAUAGGCAGAGGGAGAAGUAGGUUCCCUGCCAGGAGCCCGAUGUGGGACUCCAUCUAAGGACCCCAGGAUCACAACUUGAGCCAAAGGCAGAUGCUCAAACAUUGAGCCAUCCAGGUGCCGUGAUUUAGUGCUUUUAUAUCAUACAUCACACUUUGCAGAGUCAGAAGCAUUUGUAUGUUGCCCAAGUACAUAAAACUACCCGGUGCCAGAGCUUAGACUGAAAUCCUAGCUUGAAUCCCAAUCCAGUUUGUUUUCCCCUAUGCCAUGUUUUCUUGCCUCAUCUCUUUCUUGAAACAUUUCAUUUCACAUGUUGGUUGACCUAGCACAUUUAAAUUAUGAAUAUAUUCACAGUAAUUUCAUGCUACUUUUCACAGGUUAAUUUUAAUAUAUCACAUUUUGCAAGAGAGUAGGAGGUGAAAAAUUUUGUUGAGUUGGUCUUGGCAAAAUGACAAGAUCAGUGUUUGAUGAAUUUUGUAGUAUGUAAGUGAAAAUUAUGUUAGAUUUCAGAGAGGCAAGUUUAAUGUCCACUGACUUGGUGGGUGGAGCCCUAUGGACAUAGGUGAAUUCGAACUUCCAGAGGAGGGAAACUUAAUUUUAUGGGGUGUGGUAGAGGUGUCAUAUAUUUUUUCAAGACUAACACAGAAAGAAUUUGGAGUCUUAUUUCAAGAGUUACCUUGCAUAUGGUCUAUAAUAAUUGGGAGCUGCACUAUCCAAUAUGGCAGUCACUAGCUGUGUAUGGCAUUGAGCAUUGAGACUGAGAGUAUGCAAUAUAAUUGUAAAAUACUAUGUCUUUGAAGG